CUUGAUUGUUAUUUUUAGGUCGAUUUAUUUCUUGAUCAAUGGAGAAGCUAAUGUUCCUUUUGUCUUAUAUACCAUUGUUGCAUGAGAUUCUGACUGACAUAUUUUGGCAACGAUUUGGCUUAUUUCAUGGGUUUCAUGUUGAUGGUUCUUAGGGUUUGGUUGUUGGCUUAUUUAGUAGGUGUCAUGUGGAUUAUCGAGUUGCAAUUGUGGGGCUCGACUAUUAUCCCUAAGGACUUACGCCAUGGUAAGUCAGGACAGGCAGGUAAUGCUAACACGAGAAAGGAUGAAAGAGAUGAAUCUACUACUUUCCUCGCAAAACUGUCGAGGAACAAGGAAAGGGCAAGGUGCGUACCAUUGUGGGAGUGUGGGUCAUGAAAAGAAGCAUUGUUAGAAUUCCAAUCAAACCAGGAAACUGGUUUGUGUUAGCCCUCUGUCGCGAGAUAGGCCAGAAAAGGAGGACAUGAUGAAACGUUCAUGAAUGACCAGAAGGCGCAAGCAAAGGUGGGGAGAUCAAAUGGCUGCCAAGACUGUACAGUUGCUCCACUUACUGAGGUUGAUGCUACAAAUUAUCACAUAUCUGACAAAAUUGGAAGCAACAAUGACCACAACACUGCAAGUGAGACGUUUGAAUCUAUAAAAGAUAGUGCAAGAAGCAAUGGACAUCCAGCUCAUGAAAGCAAUGCAGUACUUGUUAGCAAGACGGAACAUGACAUUGAUACAAUUGAACAAGGAAACAAUGAUCAAGUUAAGCCACUUCAAACUGAAAGGGAUACAAAACCUCCGAGCACUUCUAUGCGUGAGAGUUCCUCGCAGCAGGUUGUGAGCACGACCAGAAUGCAUGCGAAGAAGAAGAUGUCAUUCUCAUCAAAACAAGUUAGCCGGGGUAUCUCUGCUUCAGAAACUAUGCGCUUGGUUUGUGCGGUUAUCAUUGCUCUUUUGGUUGUCAUGUCCAGACGAGGUUACACUCUUGCUAGUGAUGUUGCAAGCAGCGUUUUGAGCUUCAAACCACUCUUCCUGGCAAUGAUCACUGAUGUGACCAUCAUUCUAUGGCUGCUAAAGACAACACAGCAAAAGGAAGAGAAAGAGAGAGAGAAAGAAAAGGCCAGAACUGGAAGAGACGAGUCUGGCUCAACGGACGUCAUAGGAGAUACCGUGGAGGCAAUAUUGGUUUUUCUGAAAGUAGCAACAGCUAUCUUCAUGGAUUGCAGCAUAUGCGCUGUUUUCAUUGUUUGUGGCCUUUGUUUCUGAAAUCGUGUUGUUUGUUUGUGUUUUCUGCCAAUAAGCCAACAUAGACGACCUUGAUAAGUCCGCUAAAACAGGUAGGUAUUUUGAACUCUCAGACGUUCGUUCCUUGCGUCUUUGGAGAAAGUGAAAAGAAAUCUUGCUUUUCAACGUGUUGAAAUCUUUGCUAA